AUGGAGUUAUCAGUAAAAAACAGAAACGGCGACGUUGUCGGCAGCGUUGAUGUGAGCGACCGGGUGUGGUCUGCGCCUUCUAACGACUCGCUCUUGCAUCAAAUUGUUCAAGCACAGUUGGCGAAUCGCCGCCAGGGUACGCAUGAGACUAAGACGCGCGGUCAAGUGAAUUACUCGACCCGUAAGCUGCACGCGCAGAAGCACAGCGGGCGCGCCCGCCUCGGUAGCCGCAAAUCGCCCACAUUGGUCGGCGGUGGAGUCAUAUUUGGUCCGCACAAGCGCAGCUACCGCCAACGAGUUCCCAAGAAGAUGCGUCAACAGGCGCUCCGCGUUGCGCUUAGUGAAAAAGUGCGAGAAGAUCGUUUGACGAUCCUUGACGAGUUCACCAUAGAUACGCCAAAGACGAAGCAGGUCGUUGAGUUGGUUCAAGCUCUCGGUGUCACUGGUCGAACGUUGCUGGUAACCGAGGCGAAUGAACCCGUUGUGGUGCUUUCCGCCCGUGGUGCCGAACGCGUCGAAGUGACGUUUGCUGACUGUUUGAACGUGACAACCACAGUCAGUGCGGCGCACAUCGUUGCAACGCGCGGAGCAGUGGAGCGCAUCGAGUCACUUUGGGACGUCACUGAUGGCGAGGCCAUGGACGCUUCUGGUGAUGCUGUGGAGGUGUCAGAAUGA